CGUAUCAUCUGAGUUGUUAUUAUUAUUAUUACUUAACCUGAUAGGAAAUCUCCUUCCAGAAAGGAUAUGAGUCAAGCUCCCGAGCAUGGACAAGUUGGUCCUCAAGGAGAACAGGAUCACGUGAGUGUGCAUACCGAGGCGUCUAGCUUUACACCGCAGCAUGAAGUUCCGGAGCCGCUAGUUCCGCAACUGAAUGCCGUACCUCAGGCGGUUCCUUAUCUGCAUCCGCAGAUGGCGGCCAACAUGCUCCAGUUCCUCCAGCAGAUGGCCGGGGCGCAUGUACCACCACCACCGCCGCCGCUUCCUAUGGUCGUGGUCACGAUUGAGAAGCUGAAGAAGAACGGAGCCGAGGAGUUCUGUGGCGACCAGAUCGCGGAAUCCAUGGUCGUGAAGCGCUGGCUCGAGCGUUGGAAACGCGCAGGAGCGAACAUCCCGGAGCCGGUGCCGUGGGCGACCUUCGACGAGCUCUUCUGUGAGGAGUAUGUGCCCGAGCACUUCAUGGAGGAGAAGCGUGACGAGUUCAUGAAGUUCACGCAGGGUGAACUUACGCUGCCAGAGUAUCGCCAGAAGUUCGAUGAGCUGGCCGAGUUUGGUCGGGACUUGGUGCCGACAAUGGAGAAUAGAUGCAAGCGCUUCAGGGAGGGGUUACGCCCUGAUUUGUCCUCCGGACUGGUCUUCGCACCGAGGAAUGACAUCAACGACUUGUACAAGCAGGCGUUGGAGUUACAGACGACCUUACUCUUACUCAGGAAGGCUGAGUAUGAGCAGUCCCAGACGACGCAUCCUCGACCGCCACCGCCAUCCAGAUCCGGCUCGAGCAGCAAGAGGCCUCCUCACAUACCGAGCAGCUCGCACUCGAGCAAGAAGGGCCUAUGCCUUGGGUGUGGAAAGGCCGGGCAUUACUGCAGGAACUGCCCGAUAGCGCCCGCAGCCGCAGCCUCUGCUCCAGCAGCCCAGCCUGCACCGAGUCAGAAGUCGGUAGCGGCGUCCAGUCAACCGAAAAGGCCGGCUCAGAGCACUCAGUCUGGGAAGGCUCCAACUCGUACUUAUGCGAUGCAUGGACGCACUGAGCAGCCCGCUUAUGAUGUGAUUAUGGGUAUGUUCACCUUAUUCGAUACAUCCAUAUCUGCUUUGAUUGACCCAGGUUCCACAUUGUCAUAUCUGUGUACAUCUAUGCCUGAAUCGUUUAAUAUUCCGAGAGAGAACCUGGAGAAUCCGGUGAUUGUGUCCAAUCCGUUGGGACACAGUCUAUGUCUCAAAUAUAUCUAUCCUGGCUGUCCGCUAGUUGUGCAAGGGAAGAGCUUCCCUGCAAAUCUGAUAGAGCUCCCACAUCGAGAAUUUGAUGUUAUCCUGGGCAUGGAUUGGCUUACAGCCAAUCAAGCCGUUGUUGAUUGUGGCACACAUACGGUACGGCUGAAAGCCGAAGAUGGUAAUGACGUUCUGAUCCGUGGCGAGCUUUUCCCGAAGGCUCCCGAAUUUAUCUCAUAUAUGCAAGCUCGUCGCCUCAUACGCAAGAAAUGCGAGGCCUUUCUUUGCACCGUCCGCGACACGUAGCUAGAGGCACCCGGACGGGAGGAAAUCCCUACGGUGUGCGAGUUUCCAGACGUAUUUCCAGACGAGCUGCCCGGACUACCACCCCCGAG